AUGGCUGACGAAAACGAGGAUGGUAGGACAACCCCUGCCUCCAUCAGGAAGGAGAAGAUGCAAGCUUACCCUUCGCCGAAGAAAGGACAAGGUAUCACUUGCAGCGUUCGUCUUCUCGAUGGAUCCGACUACGAGGCGCAAAUCGACAAACGAGCAAAGGGACAACAGCUUUUCGAUAUGGUCUGCGAUUCGUUGAACCUUCUGGAAAAAGAUUAUUUCGGUCUGACGUACCGAGAUGCAGAGGAUGUCCGGAACUGGGUCAACCUCGAAAAGAGGAUUGCAAAACAGAUCAAGGCGUGUCCCUGGACGCUCAACUUCGAAGUGAAAUUCUAUCCGCCCGAUCCCUCGCUGCUACAGGAGGAUAUUACGCGUUACCAGCUGUGUCUUCAGGUGCGCGACGAUAUUGUUAGUGGUAAGCUGCCAUGCUCUUUCGUGACACACGCCGUCCUUGGUUCGUAUUUGGCUCAGGCAGAAUUGGGAGAUUACGAUCCCGAUGAAAUGGGCAAAGACUACUUGAGCUCGUGUCGGUUCGCCCCGAACCAGACUCCCGAGUUGGAGGAGAAAGUCGUCGAAUUGCACAGUCAGCGCAAGGGUCAGACGCCCGCCGAAGCCGAGCUGAACUACCUCGACAAUGCCCGUAAAUUGGCGAUGUAUGGUGUGGAUUUCCAUCCCGCCAAGGAUUACGAAGGCGUCGAUAUCAUGUUAGGAGUAUGUGCAACUGGCUUGCUCGUCUACAGAGAUCGGCUGCGGAUCAACCGAUUCGCGUGGCCGAAAAUUCUCAAGAUAUCCUACAAGCGGAACAACUUCUACAUCAAAGUCCGUCCCGGCGAGUUCGAACAAUUCGAAAGCACGAUUGGUUUCAAGCUGGCCAACCACCGCGCUGCGAAGCGGCUUUGGAAAACGUGCGUCGAACACCACACGUUUUUCCGUCUGAUGUCGCCCGAACCGGCGCCCAAACAGCGACUGCUGAUACCGCGUCUCGGGUCCAAGUUCCGAUACUCCGGUAGAACCCAGUACCAGUCGCGGAUGAUGAGCCUGAAGAUCGACCGGCCGCCUCCGUCGUUUGAAAGAACUCUGUCUAACAAGCGUAUUUCCUCGAGGAGCAUGGAUCCGCUCAGUAAUUCUUCCAGUAAGGAUAGACUCUCUGAUGAACGGACAAUGUCUGCAGGUGGCACGUUGCCCAGUAGAAGAUCCACCGAUAGAGCUACCCGUAGUCAAGAGAGACUCACGUCUUCUGGACUGGAUGAUCGACUGGAAAAACACGAGUUGGACAGAGCUCGAAACGACCGAGAACUCAUCUCGCCCACCGAAAGUGAAGGUUACGGAAAGAACAAGAAACCAAUCGGUGGAGUGGCAGUCAUGUUGCCAAUGGAUCUUAAAGGAGCCCACAGACGGAGCCAGCACGAGGAUCCUGCCAGGAGAUCCCAGGUUGAAGACGACGGAACUGGUAUCACACUCACUAAACUCAAGAGGACCUCCGUGCGCGACAACAACAUGGGAUCUUCCGUCGAAGACUCGGCUGAAUACGUUUGCGACGAUCAAGACGGAGGACAACCGCAGGUGGGGUUGAGCCAAUCUGACGGCAAUCUUGUCGAUAGCGUCGUAAGCGCCGACCGCAUCGACCACCGAGUCGACAACCGCCGUGCUGACGAAGUCGAGCUCAACAACGGCGACGACAGUCCCAAGAGCCGUUCUGCGAGAGAACCUUUCACCCACACGGUGUCCGUCGAUCCGACGAUGACGGGCGCUCGGGCGAAAGGUCGCCCACCCCUUCGACACAUCCACUCCGAAGGUCAAAUCAACACGACUCCCCUGCCGGCCCUCGCCGAUCAGGAGGUUGUGAAGAACGAGCUCGACCGGAGCACCGAGCGGAUGGACACGCUCGAGGAAGAGUCCGACUCUCCGCAUUCGCAUCACGCCCUCAACCGGAAGGAGAAUCUAAGCAGUUUGCAUCUUUUGAAGGACACCGACGAGCAUCCCGUGACAAGUACGCCGAGGCCGAGCGGUGGAGGGCCCAGGGUCGCCCCCGGUCACCAACAGCCCGAGAGGACCUCGAGUCCCAUCGAGGGCUCCCGGCCGGGUGGGGGAUUCCUUAGGCAGGCCACCCCUUACACCAAGGAGUACAUGUACGAAGUCAAAGCGGACGACGAACAAAGAUCUAGUCGGACAAGCGCUGGUUUGUCCCGAGGAUUCACCUACACGGAGCAGCAGGGCAGAGACAAGACCGUUUCGCCUACGUCGCCUGACCGCGACAAGUCCAAGGUCGAGAAAGGUCUUGCGUUCACCUAUUCGCCGAGCGGUGCCCCGACGAAAUCCAUCCUCAAGCAGUCCUCUGCUCACGACCGGUCUUCCUCCAGCCUGAACGACUCGAUGUCGAGAAGUUUCGGGUCGACGCCACCGACAUCGCCAACAAAGACAGCCGGUGGCGAUUCAAUCUACUCACGACCCACCGCCGCCCCUAGGACCGUUACGUCCUCCGGGAUGAGCGGGCUGACGACCACGUCACCACCGAACAAGCCCCCGAUCGCACAGAAACCGAAAGGCGCAUCCAGGCCGGGGGCCGUCACGCCUUCAUCCCAGAGGGACAUCGACUCCAGUGGCGGCAGUGAAGAGGAGAGCAGCGACGAAUCUUUCGAGGAGUACAGGCAGGAAAGACCGCCGAGUUCCGCUGGUGUGGUGACCGGGAGGUUGGACACGAGCGCCGAACGCAAGGUUUCGAUCACCAAUCCACCGGUCACCUCCACAAGGACGUAUCAACGCGGCUCGGACAGCCGAACUUCCCCACCGCAAGAGGAAUACUACGCCACGCCCAAGUCCGCAGUCGUAAAGAGCUACGAGACUUACCGCCAGGAUUCGAGAGAUAGAAGUCAGGAGACUAGCCCGGUCAAGGAUACAUCGUUCGGGUCACUCGGCAGGCAGUCGAAACAACCACCGAAGUCGCCAUCCGCAUCUUUCGAGAAGGAUCCCCAGUAUUACACGUCGACGACAUCGUCCGGUCGAUUCGAAAAGACGGAAACCAGCCCUCAGAGAUCCACUGGGAGCGGGGCUAUGGAAACGGGCGCGAGCCCCACGACGGCCGGGGGUUUGGUUUAUGACGACAAGACCGGAGAGUACACCAGAUACUCAACCACGACUCAGCAGCAACAGCAAACCCUCGUUACGGAACACAUCGCGUCCACUGGUCGAGUGAUGGCCGUUCCGGUGGACCAGCUGCCACAAACGAUAGUGAAGACCGAAUCGAUGAAGUACGACAACGGAAUGGCGUCGAAUGUGACGUCGUCUUCGACCAAAACCGUCCCAGUAGUAUCGACCGAGACCCGGAAAGUCGCGUACUCGGUCGAUCCCAUCGCUGAAGACGGACUCCCGUCCGGCGGUCAGUAUUCAACGACGAAAGUUACGACGCAACACGUUCCGCCCCACGACAUUUCCGUCGAACAGGAAGGCGAAAUAAUUUCGCAGCAGACCAUCUCGUCAAAAACUCGCACGGUGGAGACGGUCACGUACAAGAUGGAGAGAGAUGGAGUCGUGGAGACUCGGGUAGAGCAGAAGAUAACCAUUCAGAGUGACGGCGAUCCGAUAGACCACGACAAAGCGCUCGCAGAAGCUAUCCAAGAAGCCACGAUGAUGAAUCCCGAUCUCAAGGUGGAGAAGAUCGAAAUCCAACAGCAAGGAGGGACCUAG